AUCAGAAGACAAGAGUUACUUCAGACUUCAGUGCAAACCGUGAUGAUAGGUUACAUUACACCUUAUGUGAAUCCGAAGAUUAAGAGUCAGAAAACACAAAAUCUCACUUCUGCCAACUAUAUUUUGCUCCUAAUCAAUAUUACGCUCAUGGUGGCUGUCACUGUCGGUUUGGUCGUUUUGUUUACUGCAGUGUCAAAUAUUCCAAAGUUUUUCAAGGAACGUGUCUAUCUGGUGUAUAUUAUGAUGUCUGUCGCCAUCAUUCUAUUACUUCUAAUUGCAUUAGUGGGAAAAAUUCGAUCGAAUUUCUACGCUGUUCCAAUAGUACUUUGGAUUAUGGUUAUAUUAUGGUCUGUGAUCUUUGCUGCUGUGUUCUCACCAACUGAUUGGAAAUGUGCUUUGAUAUCGUUUGCCGUGACAAUAACGGUUACAGCUGGGGUGGUCUUGGUGGCUAUGAGACUACCACCAUUGAGUGUAAAGGGGUUCAUCUUAUUUUUGUCAGUAUCAGCCGUCCUUGGGGUUUCAGCUGCUGUUUUAACCAUCUGUUAUCACUUGAUAUCUGAACUAAAAACGAGUUCGAUAUUCUGCAUACUGCUAGCUGUUCCAUUUGCGUUAUUCUUACUCCUGGUGAUGUUUAUUUUUGUCAAUAUCCGAACGUGGAUAAUGUGGUGGUUCACGCCCAAUUCCAUGGGUUUUAUUCUUGCUUUCGUCAUUUGGUUUCACAUGAUAAGCCUAUUCGCACAAAUUUAUUCCAGCCUAACAUCAUGUGUGGCCGGAUUUUGUAAGAUGUCUAAAUAACACUUAUUUGUUGAUUGCUUGUCAAAUUAUUUUCGUUGAGCAUGCGUCAUCGUUUUGUUAUUGUGCCCAAAUUUCCAGUUAUUCAUAACUAAGUAUGCUUUCGAUUUCACAUGUGUUGACCUGUUUUGUACAUUGAAUAACGUAAUAUCGUGAACAUUAAAUGCACAAAUAUAAACGAAAUUAUCACCA